UUACAGUUUUCACUUCUCAUCAGAGAUCACUGCUUCUCAUGUGCACUUGCGGCAAGUACAACAUCUAUGAGCAGAGCUGUCACAGGAGUGUAACGCGAUAAAAAAAAAAAAUUGUUUUUGUUUGCAUUCAGUAACACGAAGGAAUGUGAAAUAAUAGUUUAUCGUCGCCAUGGCUGUUUGUGUUGCUAUUAUAGGCAAAGAUAAUUCGCCAAAAUAUAUAUCAUGCUUGAACCCAGAACUCGAACUGCAGUUUCACUACAAGGUUCAUACUUCUCUAGAUGUAGUUGAAGAAAAAUUGACAUCAGUUGGUAAAACUACGGCAGAUGUUAGAGAAUUAUAUCUUGGUUUGUUAUACUCAACAGAAGAACAUAAAAUAUUCGGGUAUGUAACAAACACAAAAAUCAAAUUUAUAAUUGUUGUUGAAUCCUCAAACACUCUCCUGCGAGACAAUGAAGUCAGAACGGUAAGUCAUAUAAGCCUGAUCGAUACUGAAAAACUCAUAUAUUCUGCAAUUAAAAGAGCGAUUCCAAAUGUGGCAUUUUUCAGAUGUUUCGGAAACUACACAGCCUAUAUACUGAUGUGGUGUGUAAUCCAUUUUACAUACCAGGGGAUGUUAUUACAUCAAAAAAUUUCGACACAACAGUGAGAAAUAUGAUGACUGGAAAUGCAUGACUGUACAACACCUUUAUUUAUUUGAGGCUGGAGUUGAAGCUAAGGAAAAAUUUGAAGUGCAGAUGUAUGCUGGAAAUAUACGAAAACAAAGGAUGCAAAUACAUUCCCAUGCCUCUGCUAUUGAAAAUUUUUAAUCCUUUUUAUGUGGGACCCAAACACAGCAUUGCACUGAAUAAGGUGUGAUUUCAUCAUUAUACGAUAGUUGUUCUGUGAUGGAUAUAUUGUGCAGUUUUUUCCCUAUGUAAUAUUGUAGAAUAUGUUAUAACUUUUCCUUUUGAUAAAAUAAAAUUAUUUUUCAACUCA